AUAGACAUAGGCCUCAUUUCUUAAUGAAAUACAGUUAUAGUGAAAGUUUGACUUUUUUGAAAUAAAAUUACCACGUCAAAUACGAAACAAAAACUAGUUCUUUGGCAACGGAAAUGUUGACGCGUUUACAUCAUCAUCUUCAAUCCAAAACAUGUAGACGAAAUGAAUGUUGAUUUUGUCGCGUUAUACUUAUUUAAUUUAUUCCUAUGCACGUAGUAAUGCUUUAUAACUUUAAUAUGGAAUUUCUGCAAGCUUUUAAUCCUUUGUACGCUGUACCUAUUGUUGCUGUCAUUUUUUGUGCACUAAUAGUUUUUACAUUUGGUUUUAAAUCACCGAUACAGCCACCGAGUUUUGAGGGACUUGAAGAGAAAAAAUCUGUUAGAAAACGCAAAACUAAAGAAAUUCAAAAGCAAAGUAAACUGGUUACAAAUGGAAAAGCCAAUGGAAUCGCUUCAGGAAAAGGAAAAAUACAGGAAGUACCAAAAAAGAAAGAAACUGUAGAUAAUAGUGAGAAACCAAAUGAGAAACCGAAAAGUAGUGAGAAGAUAUCUGCUGAUAAAAAAGUUAUCAAAAAGACCAAGCCCAAAAAUGAGAAACCACAAGAAAAGAAAAAGGAGAAUGUUGUUGCUGAUGAAGCGAAUGAUGAUGGUUGGGUACAGCUUGUUUCUAAGAAGGGAAAGAAGAAUCGUAAAAAGGAAGAUAGUGUAGGACCCGAUAUUCAAUUUACCCUCAAUCAGUCUCCAUCUAGAAAAGCUACUGACACUA